UUCCCACUUCACACUCUCAUGUCGCUGUGGUACAGAGACCCACCGAGUCCGAGUCCUCUCCACCUCUGCUCAAAGACUCACUGGAUAUUUACGUGUUUACAGGUUCGCGCUCAUCGCCCUCUACUGGUCAACCAGGGGAUUGAACAGAUGUGAUUUUUGGAAGACAAUAAUCACAGGAAGUUCCUUCUUCACAGCAGCAGAAGGAACAUUUUGUCUUUUAUUUUAGUUAAAGUUUUUAAGACUAAAAUGCAUCAUCAGAGGACUAAAUGACGCCUUCUCUGUGGAUCUAAUUCAUUUCAAAGGUGAUUUUUUUUUAUUAAAAAGGGAGAAGUGACUUUUUUCUGGAAGCAAAAAAAAAAAAAGAAAUGUCCACAGAGUCUUUACAAGCUGCCUACGCUGUCAUGGCUCCGUCCGCCGUCCCGCUGCCCCCCUCCACAGGAAACCUGCUCCAGAUGUUCCGCGCGUACCAGAGCAACGCGGUCAUCAUCGAGCACUACAACUACACGGGCAAGCUGAAUAAGAACAAAUACAAAGACGGGCUCUCCCCAGAGGGCAUCGUCUUCCUGCUCGUCUGCCUCCUCAUAGUCGCCGAGAACGCCGUGGUGCUCGUGGCGAUCUGGAAGAACAAGAAGUUCCACUUGCCGAUGUACUACCUGCUGGGAAAUCUGACUUUGUCCGACCUGCUGGCGGGUUUCACCUACAUGGUCAACAUCAUCAUGUCGGGCGCCAACACCUUAAACAUGACCCCGGUGAUGUGGUUCCUCAGGGAGGGGGGCGUGUUCAUCAUGCUGGCGGCGUCCGUCAUCAGCCUGCUCGCCAUUGCCAUCGAGCGCCACGUCACCAUGGUGAGGAUGAAGCCGUACCAAGGGGACAAACAGGGCCGGAUGUUCGCUCUGAUCGGGGCGAGCUGGGUUCUGUCGGUGCUCCUCGGGAUCCUCCCGGUCCUCGGCUGGAACUGCAUCGGCCAGCUGGACCGCUGCUCCACCGUCCUCCCGCUCUACGCCAAGAGCUACGUCCUCUUCUGCAUCACCGUCUUCAGCGCCAUCCUCAUGUCCAUCGUGGUGCUCUACGUGCGCAUCUUCCGCAUCGUCAAGUCCAACACGCAUCGCCUCGCCUCGGUCCCCCAGCGCAAAGGCCUCUACAGGAAGUCGCAGAAGUACAUGGCGCUGCUGAAGACGGUCACCAUCGUCCUGGGAGUCUUCAUCGCCUGCUGGCUGCCGCUCUUCAUCUUCCUGCUGCUGGACUUCUGCUGCCCAGCCAAGAGCUGCGCCGUGCUCUUCAAGGCAGACUACUUCCUGGGCAUGGCCAUGCUGAACUCCCUCCUGAACCCGAUCAUCUACACGCUGACCAGCAAGGACAUGAGGCGGGCGAUCCUCCGGCUGCUCUGCCGGCGCUGCCUGCUCACCAAAGACGGCCAGGUGAAGAAGAUCGGGAUGCCCUUCCUCGAGUGCAGCACGAGUAAGACGGACGCCGCCUCGCACAGACUGGAGGGGGUGGAGACCACGGUGUCCUCGGGGAACUUCACCCCCUCCACCAUCAAGGCCAUUUACCCCCGAAUGUCCAAAACGUGACACGGGCAACUCGCCCAACAAACUGAGAGCGAACACUCUGUUGGUGUUUCUUUAUGAGCUGAUCCAGUCACAGAACGUUUCCUGUCGCACUCUGCCACAGUUUUGGGUUUGAACCUUCAUGCAGUGACGGAUACAAAAACAGAAAAACCUCGGGCACAGACGUGAAAAAGUCCCCCCUUAACCCCCCCCCCACACACACAUCUGAACCAAACUCCUGACACAAAAUGGCAUCAAACGGCACGACAGUUUCAGCUGUUUCAUCUUUUAUAGUUUUGUGUCUUUGUGUUGUUAUUCUGUCACCGUCUAUCAUCAUUAACCCUCAUGCAUCAUUAUGGACAUUGUUGUCCAUUUGGUCAAAUGUUUCCUCUUCAUCUGGUCAUCAUUUUGUCUGUUAGUGCAUAUGGCACACAUUUUUUAUAAGAAAGUCUCUCUUGACACAUUGUGGAACGCACAUUUUAUUUUUUUAAUAGAUCAAUAGAACACUGAAACAUGUUCACUACCCUCAGAAGUCAUUAAGGACAAAAAU